UUUCUUUGAACUCUCAAGCUAAAAUAUUAUAACAGUUAUUAAAAUAUCAAAAUGGAAAUUGGAGCGUACAUUGGAAUGUUAAUAUUUACUUGUUUUACUAUUGUAUCCGGUACUCGGAUAUCGCAAACCGACGAUGAUCUAAUUGCCUUAGAUCUGAGCUAUCCUUCUACACCGAGUGAGGAACUGGCUGCCAUGGUGCCGGACAUAAUGACCAUAAACUUUGGACCAACGGGGGCUAACGACGAUAUGGAUGAGAGUGAUUUUAACCCCGUGGGUCACGAUGACAAAAAGCCGGCAAAACGUAAUAGGAAGCGGAAAAGGGGACGCGGUAAAUUAAACGAGGGUGACAUAGAUCCUUCUUUCGGUCAAAGUGGCUCACCUGGAUUUAAGAGCACAGACGAUGACAGAUUACUGAGCGAAGAGGUCCAAGUUGACCAACCUAUGACCCCGGUGGACGUGAGGUCAAUUACAUGGAAACCGGAAUCGAUUGUAAAAGUUGAUCGUUGUGAACGAGGACUCAUGAGAAGUGGUGUUGUUGACUCAUCAUGGAACGAAACAACCUGCGUAUCCUGUUCCUGCAAAUCUUCGAGGGUCGUUUGUGAACGUCCACAAUGCCCUCAAUUAGAAUGUGAAGACCAAAUUCAAACUGACGGAGAUUGUUGUCCAAGAUGUCCAGAAAAACUUUGUGAAGCUGGAGAUGGUCGUCGAUUCAAACACAGCGAUGAGUGGCAUUUGGAUGAUUGUACAUAUUGUGAGUGCGACAAGGGAAAGGUCUUGUGUUCAGUUGAAGAUUGUCAAGUUCCAACUUGUGACAAACCAAUAAAGGUACCUGGUCAGUGCUGCCCGAUUUGUUUCGAAGGUUCAUGCCAUGCCUCGAAUGGAACUAAAAUAACUUCUGGCGAAGUAUGGAAAGAAGAUAUUUGUACUCAUUGUUAUUGUGCCGGAGGAGAAAAGAGAUGUGCACAAGAAAAAUGUCCUUACAUAAAUUGCAGUGGGGCGUAUCAACCUCCUGGAAAAUGUUGUCACCGAUGUAAUUCGGGGGUCGUGGACUGUGUGGAAUCAUCUUGGGGAUCAUGGAGUGAAUGCCCAAUACAAGAAUGUGGGGGCGGGAUGAGGCGACGUUACAGAAGCGUCGUUAUACCAUCGAGAAACGGGGGUAAUUUUUGCCCUCACAUGAGUGAAGCUGAAAUGUGCUCUCGUCUUCCUUGCGAUGUUCUACCAGUCUGUCCCGUUACUGAAUGGUCUCAUUGGAGUCACUGCACAGCGACUUGUGGAAGUGGACGUCGUAUGAGAUCUCGGACACGAGCGCCCACUACCAAAGCCACGAUGACGUCACUAAUAGAUUGCUCCACAACGCAUUUUCAAGAAACAGCGCAUUGUUACGUUGGAUCGUGCUUGAAUGCGCAGCAUUUACUAGACCACGUUUUAGAAAUGGGCAUACAUGAUGACAUCUGCUUCGAGGUCACGUGGUCAGAUUGGGGUCAAUGUUCUGCUUCCUGUGGUGGAGGUAUACAACGACGACACCAAGUGUUAAUAAAUGUUUCUCAUCCACGUGGACAUCUUUGUCAUCUUCUUGACGAAACUCGAAAUUGUCAAGGAGAAAGUUGCGCACUCAUCGAAAAAUCAGAUACACGAUGCAAGGUUUCUCCGUGGGGCGAUUGGACACCGUGUUCAAAAACAUGCGGAUCAGGGUCAUUUAGAACAAAGCACAGAGAAAUUUUACAGGAACCGUCAAAAGGCGGUCGACAAUGUCGUCAACGUUUAAUUAUCAGGAAGUCAUGCAAGACCAAGUCGUGUCACACAAAAAAUCAACUUUUUGGAAGCGGUUGCCUAUCGGAAGAAGGGCGAUUCUACCACGAAGGAGAGCGAUGGACGACUGGUUCGUGUAUAUCGUGUCAAUGUAUAUCAUCGCAAGAACAAUGUGAGAGAGUAACCUGCAGCAGUCCCGAGUGCCAAUUUGCUUCUCUUAGAUCGUUGAACCCGUGUUGUGAAUCGUGCUCGGACUAAAAUCAGUUCCCGGUUUCUGAAUAGAAUUGUGUACGUUAUGGUGGAAUCAAACGUUCCAGCAUAAAUGACCGCAGUACAACGCUAAAUGCGAGUAUAAUUCAAGUCAAAAAGAGCAAAAUUAAAGUCACGAGUGGCCAAUACAACAGUUAAAUGGAACACAAUUAAAUGGCAUAUUGACAGACUGCUAUUUUACAAUAUUGACGGCGGAUCCUGGCAACGUUUGUUUUCGAUCUUUUUCUUUAGAAAAAGUUCCAUAAAUAUCACGAAACAUCUCUUAUGAAAGCUUUAUUUUACACGGACUUCAACGAAAAUUCGAUACAAGAUGGUUGGUUUUUACACAAGUUGUGUUUCCACAGUGGUUCUGAAGAUAUUUUAUUAUGAAAAACUAGGGUGUCACAUAAUCGCAUUGGUGGCUUUUAUUUAUCAGCUUUUUGCAUCACGAACUAGCAAGAAACUUCAAUACAGCCGCUUCGUGCGUUUUUUUCAUGUUACUUUAAUUUUCUUUCCUUUUUUUAAAUAAGUUUUACGAUCGAAAAUAUUUAUGAGAAUAACAAAGUAUGCCCUCCAGUCAACUCGGCAGCAAAUUCGAUGGAUGUAAUCGGAAAUAUUAUGUAGAUAACGUGUUUAUAAUAUUAUGUACCAUAUCAUGACAUGGAAAAAAUCCUACUGGGGCUGGACACCUUUUCGAUUCGCAUUCGCAAUGAAGGUUUAAUAAAUAGUAAUUUGGCACACAUUCUUUUAGGUGUUCGCUCCAAAAUUUUGUGUAUUUGGGAAAUUCAUAGCUUGUAGUGGUAUUACAUUCCAUUUGCUAUAAUGAAGAUUUCUGGGGUUAUGCUUAUCCUUUUUCUCGUUAGUAUUGUUUAUUUAUUUGUGUUUUCGUCUAUUUUGAUCAGAUACGAUAUCUUUGCGUAUAACUUAUUUGGGUAUUUACAAAUAUGUGUGUUCUAUCAUAGUAGGCUAUGUACAUGCUCACAAAUGAUAUUUCUUUUGAUAUUUUAGAACUAUUUAUGGCGAUUAUUGUUUUAUUUGCGAUUUUCGAUUUUUGGAAAAUAAAUUUAUUGGUAUUAAACAAAAAA